UUAAUCUAAAUGUGGAAGAUCUGUCUAAAACAUCACUUGCUAGUGAAACUUAAAACCGAGCAUGAGGUUAGUUUAGUUCUGAAUACAUGGCAUGCAUGGUGAGGAGAUGCCCAGUAAGCCCUUCAACUAUCUAUCAACAAGCACAUGGCAGUAGUUGCUCUGGGUUUGUUUGAGAUAGAAACAACAAUUAAAUCCGUAAUUAUCUUCCAGUUUCCUUAUUUUGGUCCCUCCUCCUCCUCCAACCUUUCCCAAAAAGGGUGAGGAUAGAGGAGUUAGGAGUUGAGUUCUCGUUGGCUAUAAUAGUUUAGGGAGACUUGGAUCAAUUAGCCUCAAGUUUCUUAAUAUCAACAGUAAUAUCGUCACGAGUGAGCAACACUCCUGGCUCCUCAGUUGCUGCCAGUUCCUUCUCUUGCCUUGAAAGAAACACAAAAAGUUAAAAACAAGGGACACAGAGCACGUCAGGGAAGCAUGACAAGCCACAAAACAAGACAAAAACAAAAUUGUCACUUUUCCUACGCCAAGCUAUUUUAAGAAAAUAUCAUUUACAAUCACAAAACAAACUCUACGCUUCCCUUCUUGUUUUCCUUUUUUCUUCUAAUUCACAUUUUCUUCCUUUCUUCACCCACUUGUACUGACAAUGGAUAGUGGAGAGUGGGUUUUUGUAACACGACCAACCGAGAAAGACUUGUGGAACCCAACUUCAACUGAGUUGGAGGAUUCCAGACCGUUAAAAGUCACUUUUAGCGGGCCGGCCAAGUACUGGACGGAUGGAAUUCCGAUCGGUAAUGGCCGUCUUGGUGCCAUGGUGUGGGGUGGUGUUUCAUCAGAACUUAUCCAACUGAAUGAGGACACAUUAUGGACAGGAACUCCAACUGAUUUUACUGACCCUGCUAUACCACAAGCAUUAUCAGAGGUUAGAAAUCUUGUUGACAGUGGUAAAUUUUCAGAAGCAACUAAAGCAGCAGGAAGGAUGUUUGGAAAAUAUACCAAUGUUUACAAACUACUUGGUGAUAUCAAGCUAGAAUUUAAUGGUUCCACAUAUGCCGAAGGAACAUAUUAUAGAGAGCUAGACUUAGAUACUGCAACAGGAAGAGUAAAGUAUACCGUGGAUGAUGUAGAAUUCACAAGGGAACACUUUGUAUCUAAUCCAGAUCAAGUGAUUGUGACCAAGAUUUCUGGAAGCAAAGCACAGUCUGUAUCCUUUGCUGUAUCUUUAGACAGCAUAUUAGAGCAUCAAUGUUACCUAACAGAUGAAAAUCAACUUGUAAUGGAAGGAAUUUGCCCUCGAAAAAGGAUGACAACAGAAGUGAAGGCAAAUGAUGAUCCAAAGGGAAUGAAGUUCACUGCUGUUCUUGAUUUACAGAUUAGUAAUGGCGCACGUUUGGUACGUCUUCUGGAUGACAACAAGUUGAAGGUUGUUGGAGCAGAUUGGGCUGUGUUGCUGCUGGUGGCUUCAUCUUCAUUUAAAGGGCCAUUCGUGGAUCCUUCAGAUUCAAAGAAAAAUCCUACUUCUGACUCUCUUCAAGCAAUGAACUCAAUAAAAAAGCUGUCAUAUUCUCAGCUUUAUUCACGUCAUUUAGAUGACUUUCAGAAUCUUUUUCACCGUGUUUCAUUGCAGCUGGAGAAGAGCUCUGCUAUUGGAGAUGGGGUUUCAGAGAUCAAGAAUCUUAUGCCUUCAGUGAUUGAAGAUUUCGAAGGGAAUAAAGAUGUUGUGGUUCCAACAGUAGAGAGAAUAAAGUCCUUUGAAUCUGAUGAAGAUCCUUCCUUGGUGGAGCUUCUGUUCCAGUUUGGUCGAUAUUUGCUUAUUUCUUGUUCACGCCCCGGAACUCAGGUGGCUAAUCUUCAAGGAAUAUGGAACAAGGAUCUUUAUCCAGCAUGGGACUCUGCUCCAACCUUGAACAUCAAUCUUGAAAUGAACUAUUGGCCUUCGCUGCCUUGCAACCUCAGAGAGUGCCAGGAGCCCUUGUUUGAUUUCAUCAAAUCUCUAUCAAUCAAUGGAAGUAAAGUUGCACAAGUAAACUACAUUACAAGUGGUUGGGUUGCGCAUCACAGGUCUGACAUAUGGGCGAAACCAUCCGCAGAUAUGGGAAAUCCUAAGUGGGCAAUAUGGCCAAUGGCUGGGGCCUGGGUUUGUACACACUUAUGGGAGCACUACACUUAUACACUGGACAAAGAUUUUCUUAUAAAUACGGCAUACCCUCUGUUGGAAGGAUGUGCAUCAUUUUUGGUGGACUGGUUGAUUGAAGGGAAUGAUGGAUAUCUGGAAACCAACCCGUCAACAUCUCCAGAACACAUGUUUAUUGCCCCAGAUGGUAAUUCUGCUUCUGUGAGCUACUCGUCAACCAUGGAUAUGGCUAUCAUCAACGAAGUAUUUUCUGCAAUUGUUUCUGCUUCUGAGGUUUUAGGCAGAAGUGAGGAUGCUCUUGUUCAGAAAGUGCUCAAGGCUCAACCAAGGCUUUAUCCACCAAAUAUUGCUCCAGAUGGUUCUAUCAUGGAAUGGGCACUCAAUUUCAAGGAUCCUGAGGUGAAGCAUCGACAUAUUUCACAUCUAUUUGGGCUGUUUCCAGGGCACUCAAUAACCUUAAAGAAAAAUCCAGAACUCUGUAAAGCCGCAGAAAAUACUCUCUACAAAAGAGCUGAUAUGCGUUGUCCACAAAUGGGGAUGGAAAAUGCCUUUGAAGCAUGGCAUUACUCAGAGUAUAAUAGUCAGGUAAUGUUGCUUUUUAAUUUUCAUUUAACAGGAGAGGAUGGCCCAGGAUGGUCGAGUGUAUGGAAAACUGCUGUAUGGGCACGUCUACAGAACAGUGAGCACGCUUAUACAAUGGUUAAGCAUUUGAUUAGAUUGGUAGACCCGGCGGAUCAGAAGAUAGGUUUCGAAGGUGGACUAUACAGCAACUUAUUUGCAGCACACCCUCCUUUUCAAAUCGAUGCCAAUUUGGGGUUCCCAGCCGCAGUUUCGGAAAUGCUUGUCCAGAGUACCAUGACGGAUUUGUACUUGCUUCCUGCUCUUCCUCGAGAUAAAUGGGCAAAAGGGUGUGUGAAAGGAUUGCAAGCACGUGGGGGGAAUACAGUCAACAUAUGCUGGGACAAAGGAGAUCUUCAAGAAGUAGGCCUUUGGUUGAAGAAGGAUGGGAGUUGUUCUCUCCAAAGAUUACAUUAUAGAGGAACUACAGUUACGACAAGCUUAUCAUCUGGGAUAAUUUACACAUUUAAUUCACAGUUGCAAUGUAUAAAGUCGUUCUCGCUUUCGGAAGUGGCCUUCCCUCGAGUUUAGAGAUAGUCUUUGUUCAAUUUCAAUCUUGAAAAGAAUAUUCCAUGAACGUGCAUUUACAAA